GCUUAGUAUGCUGAAGGAAGCCCAUGCUAUCGAAACCUGGACAGAAUCCAGCUUUCUAGAUUCCAUCGCAAAAUACAGAUUACCCAGUUUGUAGAACAAUACAGCAGGCCUAGUACUACCUAUGACGAUGCACAAGUUCCACCCUCUUAGCAUGCCCUUCCCUUUUGGCGGCGGAUGGCUGGAAAUCGGCGAAAGGCAUUACAAGACGCUUAGGCGCUCGAAUUGGUUAAGCGGCGUCGUGAUAGAGUGGCUCGGUUUGAUGUUGCAGUAUGAGCUUGGGAGGUGCGAUACGUCUUGGCUUUACACGUCAACCUAUUUCUGGCAGUUCGCGGAUAGACCAUGCGGGAAGUCUACGAACCCGUACUCCUACGGAAAGAACGUCCUAGACUACAACCACGUGGUCGUGCCCAUCAACAAAGAUGGACAUUGGAGCUUGGCGGUUAUCGAAAACAUCAAAUCCCCAGGGGAGAAGGUACCUUACUGUUGCACGAUAUGGCAUGCGGAUUCCUACGGAUUACACACCGACAUUGACCUGCCCUUGCGAACUUAUUUGAGGAGCCAGGUUCUUCGCGAAAGCUCAUGGAUUUUGGAGACAGAUGCAGACACCUGGGCGGCAAGCAUUCCAUGCAGGACUAUACAGGUGCCGUUGCAGCAGAACGAGAAUGAUUGUGGAGUGUUCGUUAUGCGGGUGAUGCAUACUCUGGUGGAGGAAAGGUUCCAGUGCCUGCAGUCCUGUGACCUUGUUGGAAGCCCGAGAAUGUGGAGGAGGCAGUAUAGACGUGACCUGGCGGAGUGGUCUUUCCACUUCAAUACGCAUGCACAGAUUUAGAAUUCGUCGCCUGUCCAUUCGUUUCUUGGAAAUGGUUGAACUCUGGAGGGUAUCAUGCAAUGGGAUCGGAUCCACACAAGUGUCCGGACCAGCUACUUAACAAGCCCUUUUAACUCAGCGGUUAGUGACUAAGUUUCUAACAACAAGUCAUACAUGCACAAACUGAAUCAC